AUGGCCCCCUGUCCCCAGCCUGACUCCUGCCUAGUUGGCAGCCCCCUUGGCCGGAUAUGUUUGUCCCUUUUGCUCAACCCUGCUGCAGCUGGGACGUACUGCGAGUGCAGCCUCGGCCUCAGCCGCGAGGCCCUCAUCGCCCUGCUCGUGGUGCUGGCGGGCAUCGGCGCCAGCUGCUUCUGUGCCCUCGUCAUCGUGGCAGUUGGUGUCAUGAAAGCCAAGAGUGAACCAUGCCCCAGACACAUGAACAGCAGGUUGGUGGGGCACUACGGGGUCCAGGAAGAUCGCAUGGAUCUACACACCGUGCAAGUGGGGCCUCACGUUAUGGACCCUGACCUGGAGGUCUCUAUGAUGCCACCCCUGGAGGAGCAAGGCCUCAUGACCAUCCCCAUGGACCCCAUGUCCCCAAACGUGACUGUAGUAGAGGAGCCGCCCCCUCUCGCCCCCCCAACCUGACCAGGGCUGCAGGCAGCCUGGGGGAGGGGAAUUAAACAGUAUUGAGUGCUU